AUUUUGAAGUUACGUUAAGGUAGUUGCAAACUAUACUCAGUGCGAUGCGGUUGUCUUGGCUGGGGGUCUUGAGCCUCCUCAUAAUAGGUGCUGUAUGCAGUACCAACAUUAUAAAAGAUGAGGGUUCUGAUCACACCAUUUGGGUAAGAACUCUUGAAAACGAGGUCACCAAGUGUCAUUUGAAGAGUCCAAAAGAGAAAAUUAUCAAAUUCGCGCCUGGAAAUGACGCAGCGUCGACAGAGAAAUUCGUGAUACAGAAGGGAUCCACGACCAUGCGUUGCUCAGUUACCGUCAAGAACCUUAAUGAGGAUGAUGAGGGAGAAUGGGAGAUAUCCUUCACAGACGCUGAAGGCAUUGGAGGAUUUGCAAUCUUUAACAUAACUGUGAAGCCUUUGAACUCGCCAUCAGCUGAUCCUAUUCCUGAUGAAGAAGAUGAGGGAAUACCGGAAAUUACCGAGGAAUCAGAAGAAGAAGCCGAAACCGAAUCAGAAAAUGUAAAGGUCCUGACUUUAAUCGAACAGGUCGUAAAAGAGGGUUAUUCCGUCGACAUAUCUUUAAACAAAGAAUCUUUUGAAGAAGACUGCUAUGUACAGAAGCCAAAAGGAGAGUUAGUUCCUAUUGACUCUGAGUUGGCAAAUGUGACAGCACACAAGCCGAGCAAGUUUGUGUCGUGCAGGAUUACUGUCGGCCCCAUAACUGAGGAUUUGUUGGGAGAAUGGAAGCUCUGCGGCAGGUCUGUCGAAGACGACAAGAUGAGAUGCCAACCGGUGGUAAUUGCUUAUAAUAACAACAACCCUUCUGCCAACUGGCAUUCUAUAAUAGAGCCGGUUUUCAACCACCCUGUUCACUUUGGAGGUCAAGUGAACCCCGGUGUGAUGGGGUCGGGCAAUGUUCUCACCUGCCACGUCAUCACCCCCGCUGGUGAGGACUUGGUCCUCACGAGUGACGUCACAUAUCCCCACAUCCAAAGAAUGGUACACGAUCCCUGGCUCUGCAGUGUCGCCAUCUCUGAUAUUGACGAGUCCAUGCUCGGGGACUGGGCCAUCUACAGCAGAUUCCGUUCCCAGUUGACAUCAUUAAACGAAGUUCGUCUACCGUUUAACUUGCAUUUGUACAAUCCUGAUGAUCCUUACGAGCAGGCAUACAAUGUCACAUCGUUGCCGGAGACCACACGUGUCGUUAACAUUGGCAAUACUGUCACAGUACAAGCAACUAGCUCUGGUGAAAUAGACGAUUGCGUCUAUGUGUCACCUGCCGGUAAACGGUUCAAUUUAGAUAAUGCCACCAAAUCUACGGAAGUAGUUAAACUUAAUACUUCAACAAAUCCAACAGCGUGCCACAUUAGUAUUGGCCCUGUUGAUGAAACCUUGUUAGGGGAAUGGUAUAUAAUAGGAAAAUUUAAUAAGAACAAUCGGUAUACUGAAAUACGGCAACCAUUUAAUAUCAUUCUGGAAGAUCCAGCCAAUCCUUUCAUUGAGGACCGUGAACGAAUUAUUGAAAACUUGCCAAGACAAAUUGUGGACACGAGAAUUGGAGCAACCCACAGCUUUUCCAUAAGCCAGAUGAUAUUAUACAAUCACGAAAGUUGUCAUCUGAGAACACCCCAGGGCUUGCAGUACAUAUUGAUGGAGGGAUUCAAUGUGCCCCAUGUAGAAAUCAUAAAUGACAGCAAAUUUGCUUGUGGUGUGCAGAUUAAACUGCUUUCAGAAGACCUACUUGGUGAAUGGGCCCUACUCGCAAGGUCCACCAGAACAUCUGAUGCCAUUGAAAGAAGGUUAACUUUCACCAUCCGCGUCGAAGAAACGUUUUCUCUAGGAAAACCAAUUACCAUUAGGCAGGGUAACGAACUUUUCCUUCGCUUGCCGGUGGAUACGAAACAGUUCGAAACUUGUAAACUGAUUGGGCCUGACGGUGAACCAGUCGCGGAUGCUGAGCUGGACCCAAUUUUCCUGACUUCAUGUGGAUUCAGAGUGAAAAAUGUUGACCAAAGAGUAAAUGGAAUUUUGACAAUUGUCUAUGGGACGGGAAUAACUUACAAGGGAACAGUUGAAGUUAAUGUUAUAGAUACCGCACUCCCAGUAACCUUUGAGAGUGAGGAGUGGUUCCAGGGCAGUGCUAUUGAUAAAAUCGUUGGGCCCGAAGACAUUGUCUACUGCAGUCUCUGGAUGCCAUUAACCGAUAAUGAUCAGCAAGUCCUAGUAUACGACGGAUUUGGUCCCUGCAAGAUAAAAAUAGACCGAGUCACUUUACGACACCAAGGGUUGUGGAGAGUCGUCUAUGCUGUUCAAGGAUCAGUUUUGACUCAAGUAGACAUUUUUAACGUCGAAGUUAUUGAAGUUGAACCCUUAAGAGUAUCUACAAACAUAUCAAUAAGUUCUCCCUCCGUGACGCUGACCUGUUCCGUGCCUGCCAGCUAUGACGUCACGGGGUGCAAGUUCCGUGAUCCUGACGGUACGAUCCUGGUUGCCAGCCGCAAUGUCGGGGAAGAAGGAUUCAUUUCCUAUGAUUCUGUCAUCGAUCAUGAAUCGAGUGCAUCCAGUCACGCUUGCUCUCUUCGGUUUUCCAAUCCUGAUGAACGAUACAUGGGUUUAUGGCGCUGUGCUGUGGACACUACUCAAGGCACUUACUACGGCUUCCUCGACGUCAGGAUCCCAUGGAUUUCAGACGAUGAAUACCAGGUCACAGAAGCUGUGUUGAAGGCGACUCCUAUUUACGUGCAGGGAUUGGUGGGUGACCCCAUCACUCUGACCUGCUCCGCAAACACAGCCAUACGGUACUGCUACUUCAGGUCGCAGAAUGGAACAGUCUACAGCGUAGGACCUGACAUGACAGCUGAGAAUUACGAGUACGUGGGUAAUGGUUUGGACGCCGGCGAGUGUGGUAUCACGAUCAGGGGUCUCCAGGAACCUGAUUCUGGCUAUUGGACUUGUAAUGUGGGACUUGCUGGCAUCUACCAUGACCUCGAAAGAUCUGCUUCGAUUGAUGUCGAACUCCAAGAUAAGCUCCUUGUCAGACAUUUCUGGAACAACGGUGAAGUUAUGGUAUACCCUAUUAUCUACGACAGACGGCCAAUUGACUACUGCAGAUUUGUUCGCUUUGAUGGUUUGGGUUUCACCGCUUACAACCCACCGGAAGGUUACUAUGUGGACCGAUGGAAUGACAGGCCCUGCAAGCUUGUCGUCACAAGACCUACAAUUUUGGACCGCCGUCCUUGGGUCGUGGCAGUCAAACUCCAGGGUGAAAACGGAGAAAUUGUAGCCAGAUCCCCUGUCGACUUAUUGUUCAUACCAGGAGGAACCUCUUUCUACUACGGAUACAUCGCAUGGGUCAUGGUAACGAUGUUCGGUUUGCUUGUGAUGACUGUGGGCGUAGCAAUGAUUCCCAAGAAGAACAGGGACUGGACAUACGACCGGGCUGGCAGGAUCAGGGACAGCUUCAGAAGACCAAGAAGAGAAACGCCACCACCAGCGUACACCGAGGAGCCAGUCGGAGAGAAACUUCCACAACCAACAGAAACAGCUCAAACACGAGAAACUCCUGUAAACAAUCCAGUUUAACGCCAAUAUUAACACCUGUAUUCAAGAUCGACAAAACAAUGAAAGUCGCCCUUCGGUUAUAAGACCUUAUUAACAUAAUGCGAGAAGAACCAUCAUUCAAGUUGCGAUACGCUCUAAGAGCCAGUGGAAUGGAUAAUGUAACAACCACAUUCCUACAACAUUCAGGCAACGCCAUCUAGUCUCAAACAAAGCGAAGCUUGUAUUAUGACUAAUAAACAACUGAUAAACUUAUAAAUUUCUUAAAACAUACAUAUGUAAAUAUUUUGAUAAAUAAAUGACACCCAGACACAGAACAAAUUAUGAUUUUGAUGCACAAACAUAUAUUCUGGGAAGUUUGAUAGGAAUCGAACCGAAGACCUUCGGUAUAGCAACCAUGUCAAUAGAAACUUCGAACGUGUCGGUACAACAUUUGUUUUCGACGAGUGACUUUGACUAGUGAAAGAAACUGCAUCAAAAAACUAGUUAUGAUUCCAUGAGGAACAUGGCAAUAAAUUUAUAUUUUUAUAAAUAAAUAGUAUCAGAAACAUAUUGA